GUAAGUUUGGUGGGGAUAAAUGAUUCAGAAGACUGUGUGAAAAGGACAGCUCCUUUUCUGAAAUAGAGGGGCUGGAUUAUACAGUUUGAGUCAGGGGAAGGGGAGGAAAGGGAUAGAAGAGGAAGUGGGUGGUGAGGGCAGAGGCUUCUAAGUGUUUCAGGUGCCAAUCACAUGGUCUCUAAGCAGACAGUACUGUGGUUGAAAGAAGACAGUACUCUGGUGGGGAAACAGAAACCCACCUGGUUUUAUCAUAACUUGGCUUUGGUCUCAAUGGAUUUGAGUAGGUCCAAGCCUGCUUUGAGGAGAGAAGAGACCCAAUCCUGUGAAAGACCCCCGGAGCGAGGAGAUCCUCACUCAAGUCUCGGGAUGACACCACCCCCCAAGAACUCACGUAAGACCGUACUUGCUCUAAUUUACACGAGGUUUAUUGAUAAGAACCAGUGCACUGUGGUUGAGACUCAUAUCCCACUCAGGGACACAGGAGUUCGAUGACCAGUAGCUGAGAGAAGAGGUAUUUAAAGGAAGAAGCCACAACCCAAGGGGGCAGGGAUGGCAUCAUUGGAAAAUCACAAGGAGAAGCUUCCUGUCUCAAGCUUGCCUAACUUUAUAGUUCCCUAGUUCCUAGGAGAAGCUUCCUGCUUCUCAAGGUUGUUCUCUAAGAUUUUAAUCUAACUUUAUGGUCAGCUAGUUCCUGGGAGAAGCUUUCUGUUAUCUUUACUAGGUUGGGAAUCGCAUAUCUAAGGGCCUUAUCUUAAGUCCUUUAAUCUAGUUCCUGUGCGAGCAGACUCCAGAAAUGUGACCUUUUACUUACUUACAGGUAGAGGGCAAGGUCUGGAAUUUGAGGAAUUUAGGGCUUCUUAGGGAUGAGACAGCAUUUCUAAACUUCUGACUUUUUUGACUGCAUUUUUUAUUCUUUCACCUGCAGUGCUUUAUGAGGGCUGUCCAGUGGUAUGGUCAAGGUUAGCAUUCCUUUUAGGCUCUGCCCACAGUUACCUGGCAACAGCCAGGUAAGCCUGUCUCACUAUAAAGGGGCUGCUUCACCCCUCCUCACUCUGUUCUCUUGCUCCCUCCCUCUUGUCCCCUCUGUCCCUUCUCUCCCUGUUCCCCUCCCCUCUCUCUCCAUGUGAGCAUGGACAGCCUCAACUCUUCUCUCUCUUCCCCAGUACCCCAACUCCCUCCCCAUGCCCUAAUAAACUCUAUUCUAUACUAUACCUAUUGUAUGGCUGGUACUUCAGGGAGAAAGGAUGUCUCAGCAUGGGCCUGCAAAGGCACCUCCCACCCCCACCCCCCAGCACCAUACAUAUCUCCACCAAACAUAUCUCUGACUUCAUUUUCCUUUUGUAAAACACAACAGUCAGCACUCUACUGUCCCUCAUCUGUUUUGGGAACCCACAUCUCCCCUUUUGUUUCUCAGAAUGGGGCCAUGUCAUAUGUGUCAGCAUGGUUUGUGCGAAUAGCUUGUUAUUGUACCAGAAUUUGGUUGAUGGUGUCUGUGGCUAUAUUAGUACCUUUUUUUUAUAAUACAAGGGAUGAGAAGGAGUGGGGUGUCCAGGACCGGACUGCCGGACUGGGCAAAGCUAGAGCCCUGACCUGAGCAGAUUCCUGAGAAGUGCUUGACCUUUUCAAAGAAGAAGAACAUCUUGCAGUUUAAUGAUUCACUUUAUGUCCUUGGGCACUUCCCAGUACUCCCCACCCUAAGCUUCAGUUCCUACUUCAGAGCUUUAAAUGCUGUACAUUCCUCUCAAUAAACAGACCUUGACAAGGACACUGCUUGGUCUUGCUCUUCUUUCUUGCCCAUUCUCUCGAAGGUAUGGGUUCCCCUCGACCCCCACGAAUAACUGAGUCCCCGCUGGUGGGGGCAAGUGGCACAUGACGUGGGGUUCAAGUUACGGAAGUUGAGGACCCUGGGUAUUUGUCCAGAAAUCGACACAGAUAAAGUGAAAGUAGCUGCGCCGAUCUGGUGUUCAUAGCUAUGCGCUCUCACCGCUCAUGAGAGAAAGACGUAGCAGGAUGCUACAGGAGUGUGCCAACUGCCAGAGUGGCUGGUAAGACAUGCUGAUCCUGGGAGCAUGAAGAUUAAGCUGUCAUGAUUUGGGUCCCUGGAGUCAUUCCUGUGCCCUUGGAGGAAGAUGGAGGAUUCCCCCUCAUCUUUUGUCAGCAUGGAGAUUUUGGCGUUGCUGCAUCAUUGUUAUCGUCACUUCAUGACCUGUCCUACCAUGGCCUGCACUUCAACCCUCCGUGCACUGCUGCAUGCAGGAGAAGACUGGACUCCAACUGCUACCACUGCCCCUCCUCAUUCCCCUGGUGGCUGUUGCCACCAUGACUGGUGUUGCCAUUUUGCAGUCUGUGAUUUCACAGGAAUGCCAUCUGCAUGAAGCUACUGGAGAUUGGGGAACUCUGCCCUGGUUAUGCGGAUCUCAGACCUGGUUCCAUUGCCUGCCGGUUGUUCUAGAGAAGGAUGGCCGAUCCUGAACUGUUUUGGGAAAGACUUUGGCAUCUUCACUGCUAUUGUACCAGCCAUUGCUGCCACUGUGUCUGCAGUGUCUGGAAUUGCCCUCCUACCAGUUUGUUGUUAGGCAAGCACAGUGGGUAAACUUUGUGGAGUAGUUGCUGACGAUUGGGAAUUCUAUUAAAUUUUAAUACAGGAACAGCUUGACAAUGGCCCUCAGUGUUAUGGCCCUUAGGGCACCGCUGUAGUCAGCUUUAUGCUUCUUAUCACAUGCACAAACAGCAUUCCCACUCCUGGGCAGCAACUAAGCAGGUCUAGUUCUGCUUGGUAGGAGACAAACCCUCUGCCCACAUUGGGCUCAGCCUUCACAAGAAGCAGUUAGCUAAGGACAGGCAACUCUUUGGAACCAGGCGUCACCUAAGACAGGAAAUUCUGAGACUGGCAGAAUUUUCCAGAGACAGGAAAGAGGUCUGAUAACCCAAAGUGUCCUAAGACAGGUGCUGCUUAAAAAAUAAUAUAGGGGGACUUGUUUAGUAAAAAAAUAAAAUAAAAUAGGGGGACCCCUCAUGGGUUCCCUGCAGUGUUUCACCUCCUUGUCAGACCCUUCUGGGUCCCUUGCAAGGUUUGACCCCUGCUGAGCCCUGCUGAUGCAUGUGGAAGCCUUUUGUUCCUAAUAAAGGAACAGCCUGACCCAGUAGCAACACACCUGGGCAAUGAUUGGUUCCUGCCUUUUGUCUUCCCAGUCUUUUGUUUUUGGGAUUUAGGCUGGUCUUCCUGGAUUGCUCCCCAGUAAAUUUGGGGCAUGGAUUCAUAUUCAGUCUUUGUUAGCAAAGCCUGAAGCCAGAGUUUCCCACUGUGCUUCCCAGAUUUUUCCACCUGGUUAAUUUGGGGUAUAUAUUCGGAAUAUAAAGCCACAGUGUGGGCAUUCUUUCUUAACAUGAAUAACCCGCAUGUGUGUGCCUUUUAAUCCUGCAGGUUUACGCCUGGUUCUUGGUGCCAUGUCAGUGUGGGCAUGGACACCCACCAGGUUUCCCGCUUUGCUCUGGUGGGGGUCAGGACCAGCUCUCCUGUGCUCAUGCAUUUGGAGCCAGUUCUCCUAAAUGGCCUGAGCAUCUCAGCCAGCAAGGCGGUGGGCAUUCUGCCCUUUUAAAACACACAGGGAAUGGCCAGGGUAGUAGUGGGUGAAUAAAAAAUACAGCCAAGAAGUCAGAAAUUUAGAAAUGCUAUCUCACCCCUAAGAGCCUUAAAUACCUCAAAUUCCAGACCCUGCUCCCAGCCAGUGAGUAAAUAAAAGGUCACAUGUCUUGAGCCAGGUCUCCCAGAAACUAGAUAAUAGUGCUUAAGAUAAGACCCUUAAGUACAUGAUCCUGACCUAAUAAAGAUAACAGAAAGCUUCUCCCAGGAACUAGCUGACCAGUGAAGUUAGAUUACAAUCUAAAAAGGAAUCUUGAGAGAUAGAAAGCUUCUCCUUGUGAUUUUUCACUGGUAUUCUCGACACUUUCCAAUGACACCAUCCCUGUGCCCUUGGGUUGUGCCUUCUUCCUUCACAUACUCCUUCUCUCAGCUACUCAGGGUCAAACUCUGCCAAUGUGUGGGAUAAGAGUCUCAACCCCAGUGCACUCCUCCCUAUCUAAACCUCAUGUGAUUACAGCAAGGACGGUCUUACAUGCAUUCUUGGAAGGUUGUGUCAUCAUGAGACUUGAGAGAGGGCUUCCUGCUCUGGGGGUCUUUCAGUAGUGCAUACCUGUAAACACACGGCUCAGAAGCAGAGGCCAGAAUGAAAGACCCCAGCUUAGCAGCAGUAACGCCAUUUUGCAAGGCUGUACUUAAGAUGACUGGUUCGGGAAAGGUUAGAACACUGAGUACACAGCGGCUGCCAAGCAGGAUGUGUUUGGUUGAAGGCCUGGCAACAGGACGACUUCGGUUGAGCACCUGACAAUGAGAAAAGCCCCGGGAGAGGUCCCACACCCUGGUGGGGGGCCGAGUCAGCCGUUAUGUUCCAAGAAGGUAGCUAAGAAACUUGCCCCCGGGCUGAACCCUUGGGGAGCCGAGUCAGCCGUUAUGUUUCAGGAAGGUAGCUAGGAAACUUGCCCCCGGGCUAAACCCUUGCCAUAUUAGAAUCCACCAAUUAUAUCCCUGUAACCAUGCAUCUGCUUCUGUAUGCUUGCUUCUGCUCCCCAAAAUCCUAUAAAAGCCCAUCCUUGGUUCCGUGGGGCGCGCCAGUCCCCCGAGUGACUGAAGCGCCCGCAGGUGCCUGUGCCUGUGUAUCCCGACAAUAAACCAAAUCCUCUUGCUGAUUGCAUCCUGUGGUGUCUCGGUCUGGUCUUUGGAGUUAGAGGGUCUCCAUCCCGAGGGAAAGUUCUCCCUGAGAGGUUUUCAUUUGGUGCGUUGGCCGGGAAAGGAGAUCCUCCACCCAGGGACCACCGACCACCCACUGGGAGGUAAGCCGGCCGGCGUCUGUCUGUCUGUCUGAUUUUGUCUCGUUCUGCCUUAUUCUGUCUGUUCUGUGAGCGCUCAGCCAGGUCUGUUCUGUGAGCGCUCAGCCAGGUCUGUUCUGUGAGCGCUCAGCCAGGUUGUUUGGAAUUUGGGCGGGACGAAGAAGGAGCUGACGAGCUCGGACUUCUCGCCCCGCAGCCCUGGAAGACGUUCCAAGGGUGUUGGGGCCCGACUUUUCGGGGCCCAAUCUGGGAGAGGAGAAAGAUCCGGACUAACGGCACUCUGUCUGUAUUUUUGGCUUUCAGAGGGCCCCGGACCUUUGCCACCUCCAUCUGACUUUUUGCUUUCAGUUUGGUACCAAAGCCGUGCAGCACGCCUGUCUGUUGUUUGUUUGACUGUUGGUGUUGUUUGUUUUCUCUGUGUUCUAAUCUUCCUUAGAACUAACAUGGGACAGUCCCUAACAAUGCCCCUAAGUCUCACUCUUGAUCAUUAAAAAGACGUCCACGACCGGGCAACAACCAGUCCGUCGAGGUUAAAAAAGGAAAAUGACAGACUCUCUGCACAUCCGAGUGGCCCACUUUCGGAGCGGGAUGGCCAGUGAAUGGCACAUUUAAUAAGAUCAUUAUUUUACAGGUUAAAGAUCGGGUCGUCCACGGACAUCCUGACCAGGUUUCUUCUCGCCUUAAACCCCCCCCCCGGGCGGAACCCUUCGUGGACCCGAAUUGGCCUCCCCUCAACCCCCAGCCUGCCCCCUCGGCCCCGCCCGGUCUGCCGGCCACGUCUUCCUCUCUCUACCUUUGUGAAAUCAGAGCCUUCUAAGAAACCUGUCCUCCCGGCAGACCCAAACUCCCCUCUCAUAGAUCUUCUCUCUGACAGGCCCAGCUAAAACGGAGGAGGCAGAGCCGCCGGCCAGAUCAGUUGCCGGGCCACAGUCUGAUAAGGGUUUCUCCCCUGUCGCAGGGAGAUUGCGCAAUAAGCUCGAGGUGAUGCCAGAUACAACCUCCCAGGCUUUCCCACUUAGACAGGGAACCGGUGGCCAGACCCAAUACUGGCCGUUUUCAGCAGCUGACAUUUACAAUUGGAAACAACACAACCCUUCUUUCUCCAAAGAUCCGGUGGCACUCACCGACCUAAUAGAAUCUGUUUUACUUACCCACCAGCCUACUUGGGAUGACUGCCAACAGCUCUUACAGGCCCUCUUAACCUCAGAAAAAAAAAAAACAAGGAGUGUUCCUAGAGGCCAGAAAGCAUGUUCUGGGAGAUGAUGGGCGUCCCACCCAGCUGCCUGAGGACCAAACUGGGAUUUUAAUACAGCUGAAGACACAGGAGCCCAGCAUUCAGUCCUCACCCAAGCUUCAGGACAACUCAGCGACCGGACGGCCUGGGUACAAAGAGCUACUGGUGAGAAACAAUACCGAUGGACUAUGGACCGCCGGGUUCAGCUGGCUACCGGUAAGGUGACCCAUUCCUUCUUACAUGUUCCGGACUGCCCGUACCCUCUGCUGGGCCGUGACCUUCUCACCAAACUAAAAGCACAAAUUCAUUUUGAGGAAGGAGGGGCCCAAAUAACUGGCCCCCACGGAACUCCCCUUCAAGUUCUAACCCUAUGAACCGGGACAGGAUACUGGCUUGGGCAGAGACUGGUGGGAUGGGGUUGGCGCUCCAACAGCCCCCCUUAAUUAUACAGUUAAAGGCCACUACAACUCCAGUCUCCAUAAAACAAUACCCCCUGUCACAUGAAGCUUAUCAAGGUAUAAGGCCUCACAUUACGAGGCUUCUAGAUCAAGGCAUCCUAAUCCCCUGCCGGUCGCCUUGGAAUACGCCUCUUCUGCCUGUUAAGAAACCCGGCACUGGAGAUUAUAGGCCAGUACAAGACUUGAGAAAGGUCAACAAGAGGAUAGAAGAUAUUCAUCCGACUGUUCCAAACCCUUACAAUUUGCUCAGUAACUGUUCAUCGAUGAGAAACAGGGGUAUGCUAAAGGGGUCCUAACACAAAGGUUGGGACUCUGAAAACGCCCUGUGGCCUACCUGUCUAAGAAAUUGGACCCUGUGGCCUCCGGCUGGCCACCGUGCCUAAAGAUGGUGGCUGCUACUGCUGUCCUGAUCAAAGACGCUGGAAAAUUGACUUUGGGACAGCCACUCACCAUCCUAGCACCCCACGCAGUGGAGGCCUUGGUAAAGCAGCCCCCAGACCGCUGGCUCUCUAAUUCUUGCACCAAGCCUUGUUACUGGAUGCAGAACGGGUUCAGUUUGGGCCCGUAGUCGCCCUCAAUCCUGCCACCUUGCUUCCUCUACCAGAGGAGACAAAACAGCAUGACUGCCUACAAAUCCUCGCAGAAGUACAUGGAACCAGGCCGGACCUAUCGGACCAGCCUCUUCAGAAUGCUGACCACACAUGGUACACGGAUGACAACAGCUUCUUGGCAGAGGGAAAGCGAAAGGCUGGAGCUGCGGUCACUACGGAGGACAAAGUGAUUUGGGCGAAAGCCCUGCCUGCUGGUACCUCCGCACAACGGGCUGAACUCAUCGCCUUGACUCAGGCGCUCAAGAUGGCAAAAGGUAAGAGGCUAAAUAUAUAUACAGACAGCCGUUAUGCCUUUGCCACGACACACAUCCACGGGGAGAUCUACCGGAGGUGGGGGCUGCUCACAUCUGAGGGUAAAGAUAUGGCUAAAAUUCUGGCCCUCUUAGAAGCCCUAUUCUUGCCCAAAAGACUGAGUAUUAUACAUUGUCCAGGACACCAGAAAGAGCACAACCCAGAGGCACGAAGAAACCGGCUGGCCGAUGCCACGGUGCGAGAAGUGGCCAUGAGCAAACAAAUCUUGUCCUUAAAUAGCCCAGACCAACCCACGCCCCCACCAGUGGGACAAACCAGUUGGGUUUACGCCCAUGAGGACAUAGAGCUCCUAAAAAAAAAUGGGGGCCAUCUACCACCCUCAACUAAAACAGUGGGUCUACAAAGGACUUUUGAAUUGAUCUCCUUUUUACAUAAAUUAACCCAAUUGGGGUUUAAGAAGAUGAAAACCUUACUAGAUCGGGAAGAGAUAAAUCUGUGUUUUUUGAAUCGGGACAAAGCGAUACAAAAGGUGACUGAGAGUUACAAAGCGUGCGCUCAGGUUAACCUGGGAAGGACCGUGAUUAGACAAGGAGUUCGUCCUAGGGGACACUGUCCCGACAUCCAUUGGGAAAUUGAUUUUACUGAAAUUAAACCAGGUAUAUAUGGAUACAAGUAUCUCCUAGUGUUUAUAGACACCUUCUCAGGAUGGGUCGAAGCCUUCCCCACAAAGCACGAGACUACAAAAAUGGUCACCAAGAAGCUCCUCGAGGAAAUCUUUCCCAGCCCUUCUCUGAGGGCCCAUUUACAGGCCCUACAGAUUGUGCAGAGAGACGUCUGGAGACCUUUGGCCACUGCUUACCAGGACAAGCUUGAGCAUCCGGUGGUGCCACACCCGUUCCAGAUUGGAGACACCGUGUGGGUGCGCAGACACCAGACCAAGAAUCUCGAGCCACGGUGAAAAGGACCCUACACAGUCCUCCUGACUACCCCGACCGCCCUAAAGGUAGACGGAGUCUCGGCUUAGAUCCACACACCACACGUCAAGGCAGUCCGGUCUGAGGAAUUGACUAAUCACAACACUACACCCCAGACAUGGAGAGUUCAGCGCACUCCAAACCCCUUAAAGUUAAAACUCCUACGUGGCUCCUCCUAGCCCUUUUGUGGCCUAGAGUCAGUGAGGGAAUAAGCCCCCACCAGACAGAAAUUUCUUGACCAAGUCGAGUGAAAGAUUUCACUCAAAGUUAGCAAAAAAAAUGGGGGAAUGAAAGACCCCAGCUUAGCAGCAGUAACGCCAUUUUGCAAGGCUGUACUUAAGAUGACUGGUUCGGGAAAGGUUAGAACACUGAGUACACAGCGGCUGCCAAGCAGGAUGUGUUUGGUUGAAGGCCUGGCAACAGGACGACUUCGGUUGAGCACCUGACAAUGAGAAAAGCCCCGGGAGAGGUCCCACACCCUGGUGGGGGGCCGAGUCAGCCGUUAUGUUCCAAGAAGGUAGCUAAGAAACUUGCCCCCGGGCUGAACCCUUGGGGAGCCGAGUCAGCCGUUAUGUUACAGGAAGGUAGCUAGGAAACUUGCCCCCGGGCUAAACCCUUGCCAUAUUAGAAUCCACCAAUUAUAUCCCUGUAACCAUGCAUCUGCUUCUGUAUGCUUGCUUCUGCUCCCCAAAAUCCUAUAAAAGCCCAUCCUUGGUUCCGUGGGGCGCGCCAGUCCCCCGAGUGACUGAAGCGCCCGCAGGUGCCUGUGCCUGUGUAUCCCGACAAUAAACCAAAUCCUCUUGCUGAUUGCAUCCUGUGGUGUCUCGGUCUGGUCUUUAAAGUUGGAGGGUCUCCAUCCCGAGGGAAAGUUCUCCCUGAGAGCUUUUCAAGAAAAGGCUGCAACAGAAUCAACGCAGAAUAUAGAAGAAAUUUCCAGAAUCCCUACUCAUUGAAAGACCCCAGCUUAGCAGCAGUAACGCCAUUUUGCAAGGCUGUACUUAAGAUGACUGGUUCAGGGAAAGGUUAGAACACUGAGUACACAGCGGCUGCCAAGCAGGAUGUGUUUGGUUGAAGGCCUGGCAACAGGACGACUUCGGUUGAAGGCCUGGCAACAGGACGACUUCGGUUGAGCACCUGACAAUGAAAAAAAGCCCCGGGAGAGGUCCCACACCCUGGUGGGGGGUGGCCGAGUCAGCCGUUAUGUUCCAAGAAGGUAGCUAAGAAACUUGCCCCCGGGCUAAACCCUUGCCAUAUUAGAAUCCACCAAUUAUAUCCCUGUAACCAUGCAUCUGCUUCUGUAUGCUUGCUUCUGCUCCCCAAAAUCCUAUAAAAAGCCCAUCCUUGGUUCCGUGGGGCGCGCCAGUCCCCCGAGUGACUGAAGCGCCCGCAGGUGCCUGUGCCUGUGUAUCCCGACAAUAAACCAAAUCCUCUUGCUGAUUGCAUCCUGUGGUGUCUCGGUCUGGUCUUUAGAGUUGGAGGGUCUCCAUCCCGAGGGAAAGUUCUCCCUGAGAGCUUUUCAUUUGGUGCAUUGGCCGGGAAAGGAGAUCCUCCACCCAGGGACCACCGACCACCCACUGGGAGGUAAGCCGGCCGGCGUCUGUCUGAUUCUGUCUCGUUCUGCCUUAUUCUGUCUGUUCUGUGAGCGCUCAGCCAGGUCUGUUCUGUGAGUGCUCAGCCAGGUCUGUUCUGUGAGCGCUCAGCCAGGUUGUUUGGAAUUUGGGCAGGACGAAGAAGGAGCUGACGAGCUCGGACUUCUCGUCCCGCAGCCCUGGAAGACGUUCCAAGGGUGUUAGGGGCCCGACUUUUCGGGGCCCAAUCUGGGACUCUGGUUAGAGGAGAAGGAUCCGGACUAACGGCACCUCUGUCUGUAUUUUUGGCUUUCAGAGGGCCCCGGACCUUUGCCACCUCCAUCUGACUUUUUGCUUUCAGUUUGGUACCAAAGCCGUGCAGCACGCCUGUCUGUUGUUUGUUUGACUGUUGGUGUUGUUUGUUUUCUCUGUGUUCUAAUCUUCCUUAGAACUAACAUGGAACAGUCCCUAACAACGCCCCUAAGUCUCACUCUUGAUCAUUAGAAAGACGUCCACGACCGGGCACACAUCCAGUCCGUCGAGGUUAAAAAAAAAAGAAAAAUGGCAGACUCUCUGCACAUCCGAGUGGCCCACUUUCGGAGCGGGAUGGCCAGUGAAUGGCACAUUUAAUAAGAUCAUUAUUUUACAGGUUAAAGAUCGGGUCAUCCACGGACAUCCUGACCAGGUUCCUUAUAUUAUCACUUGAGAGAGUCUCGCCUUAAACCCCCCCCCCUGGGCGGAACCCUUCGUGGACCCGAAUUGGCCUCCCCUCAACCCCAGCCUGUCCCCUCGGCCCUGCCCGGUCCGCUGGCCACGUCUUCCUCUCUCUACCUUUGUGAAAUCAGAGCCUUCUAAGAAACCUGUCCUCCCGGCAGACCCAAACUCCCCUCUCAUAGAUCUUCUCUAUGACAGGCCCGGCUAAAACGGAGGAGGCAGAGCCGCCAGACAGAUCAGUUGCCGGGCCACAGUCUGAUAAGGGUUUCUCCCCUGUCGCAGGGAGAUUACACAAUAAGCGCGAGGUGAUGCCAGAUUCAACCUCCCAGGCUUUCCCACUUAGACAGGGAACCGGUGGCCAGACCCAAUACUGGCCGUUUUCAGCAGCUGACAUUUACAAUUGGAAACAACACAACCCUUCUUUCUCCAAAGAUCCGGUGGCACUCACCGACCUAAUAGAAUCUGUUUUACUCACCCACCAGCCUACUUGGGAUGACUGCCAACAGCUCUUACAGGCCCUCUUAACCUCAGAAGAAAAACAAAGAGUGUUCCUAGAGGCCAGAAAGCAUGUUCUGGGAGAUGAUGGGCGUCCCACCCAGCUGCCUGAGGAAAUUGAUGCUGCAUUCCCACUUAAGAGACCAAACUGGGAUUUUAAUACAGCUGAAGGUAAGGGACACCUACGCCUUUAUCGCCAGUUGCUUCUAGCGGGUCUCCGAGGGGCUAUACGACGCCCUACUAAUUUGGCUCAGGUAAAACAGGUAUCACAGGAAACAGGGGAAACUCCCUCCGCCUUUCUAGAGAGACUUAAGGAGGCCUACCGUAUGUACACUCCCUAUGACCCAGAUGACCCAGGACAAAUGACGAGUGUCUCUAUGUCCUUCAUCUGGCAGGCUGCUCCAGAUAUCAGGACUAAGUUACAGAGGUUAAAAAAUUUACAGGGCUAUACAUUACAGGAUUUACUUAAAGAAGCUGAAAAGAUUUUUAAUAAGAGAGAGAAUUAAGUCGAAUCUUGGCCGCCGUAGUUCAGGGCCAAGAAAGAAAGGGAGAUAGGGGGGAGCUCAAAAGGGGCUGAAGCUGGAUAAAGAUCAAUGUGCCUAUUACAAAGAGAAAGGGCACUGGGCCAGAGAGUGCCCCAAGAAGCCUGGUGGACCCCGAAAGCCUCGACCACGAACCUCCCUCUUGGCUCUAGAUAAAGAUUAGGGAGGUCAGGGCCAGGAGCCCCCCCCUGAGCCCAGGGUAACGCUUAAAGUUGGGGGGCAGCCGGUUACUUUCCUAGUAGACACAGGAGCCCAGCAUUCAGUCCUCACCCGAGCUUCAGGACAACUCAGCGACCAGACGGCCUGGGUACAAAGAGCUACUGGUGAGAAACAAUACCGAUGGACUACGGACCGCCAGGUUCAGCUGGCUACCGGUAAGGUGACCCAUUCCUUCUUACAUGUUCCGGACUGCCCGUACCCUCUGCUGGGCCGUGACCUGCUCACCAAACUAAAAGCACAAAUUCAUUUUGAGGAAGGAGGGGCCCAAAUAACUGGCCCCCAUGGAACUCCCCUUCAAGUUCUAACCCUACAACUAGAGGAUGAAUAUAGACUAUAUGAACCGGGACAGGACAAGCCACAAUCCCUAGAAAUAGACACUUGGGUCACAAAUUUUCCACUGGCUUGGGCAGAGACUGGUGGGAUGGGGUUGGCGCUCCAACAGCCCCCCUUAAUUAUACAGUUAAAAGCCACUACAACUCCAGUCUCCAUAAAACAAUACCCCCUGUCACAUGAAGCUUAUCAAGGUAUAAGGCCUCACAUUACGAGGCUUCUGGAUCAAGGCAUCCUAGUCCCCUGCUGGUCGCCUUGGAAUACGCCUCUUCUGCCUGUUAAGAAACCCGGCACUGGCAGCAUCCCACCCUCAUACUCCUGCAAACCUUUUGAACUGUUCAUCGAUGAAAAACAGGGGUAUGCUAAAGGAGUCCUAACACAAAGGUUGGGACCCUGGAAACGCCCUGUGGCCUACCUGUCUAAGAAAUUGGACCCUGUGGCCUCCGGCUGGCCACAGUGCCUAAGGAUGGUGGCUGCUAUUGCUGUCCUGAUCAAGGACGCUAGAAAAUUGACUUUGGGACAGCCACUCACCAUCCUAGCACCCCACGCAGUGGAGGUCUUGAUAAAGCAGCCCCCAGACCGCUGGCUCUCUAAUUCCCACAUGACCCACUACCAAGCCUUGUUACUGGAUGCAAAACGGGUUCAGUUUGGGCCCGUAGUCGCCCUCAAUCCUGCCACCUUGCUUCCUCUACCAGAGGAGGCAGAACAGCAUGACUGCCUACAAAUCCUCGCAGAAGUACAUGGAACCAGGCCGGACCUAUCUGACCAGCCUCUUCAGAAUGCUGACCACAUAUGGUACACCGAUGGCAGCAGCUUCUUGGCAGAGAGAGAGCAAAAGGCUGGAGCUACGGUCACUACGGAGGACAAAGUGAUUUGGGCAAAAGCCCUGCCUGCUGGUACAUCCGCACAACAGGCUGAACUCAUCGCCUUGACUCAGGCGCUCAAGGUGGCAAAAGGUAAGAGGCUAAAUAUAUAUACAGACAGCCGUUAUGCCUUUGCCACGGCACACAUCCACGAGGAGAUCUACUGGAGGCGGGGGCUGCUCACAUCUGAGGAUAAAGAUAUUAAAAAUAAGGCUAAAAUUCUGGCCCUCUUAGAAGCCCUAUUCUUGCCCAAAAGACUGAGUAUUAUACAUUGUCCAGGACACCAGAAAGGGCACAACCCAGAGGCACGAAGAAACCGGCUGGCCGAUGCCACGGCGCGAGAAGUGGCCAUGAGCAAACAAAUCUUGCCCUUAAAUAGCCCAGACCAACCCACGCCCCCACCAGUGGGACAAACCAGUUGGGUUUAUGCCCAUGAGGACAUAGAGCUCCUAAAAAAAUGGGGGCCAUCUACCACCCUCAACUAAAACAGUGGGUCUACAAAGGACUUUUGAAUUGAUCUCCUUUUUACAUAAAUUAACCCAUUUGGGGUUUAAGAAGAUGAAAACCUUACUAGAUCGGGAAGAGAUAAAUCUGUGUUUUUUUGAAUCGAGACAAAGCGAUACAAAAGGUGACUGAGAGUUGCAAAGCGUGCGCUCAGGUUAACCUGGGAAGGACCAUGAUUGGACAAGGAGUUCGUCCUAGGGGACACCGUCCCGCCAUCCAUUGGGAAAUUGAUUUUACUGAAAUUAAACCAGGUAUAUAUGGAUACAAGUAUCUCCUAGUGUUUAUAGACACCUUCUCAGGAUGGGUCGAAGCCUUCCCCACAAAGCACGAGACUACAAAAAUGGUCACCAAGAAGCUCCUCGAGGAAAUCUUUCCCAGGUAUGACAUGCCUCAAGCAUUGGGGUCGGACAACGGGCCCGCUUUCGUCUCCCAAGUAAGUCAGUUGGUGGCCAAAUUGCUGGGGAUUGAUUGGAAAUUACAUUGUGCCUAUAGACCCCAGAGUUCAGGUCAGGUAAAACACAUAAAUAGAACAAUUAAGGAGACUUUAUCCAAACUUACGCUUGCAACUGGCUCAAAGGAUUGGGUGGCCCUCCUUCCCCUAGUUCUAUAUCGGGCCCGGAAUACCCCGGGCCCCCAUGGUCUAACUCCUUUUAAAAUAAUGUAUGAAACACCACCCCCAUUUGUCCAUUUCUUUGAUUCAAACAUUGCUGAUUUUGCUGACAGCCCUUCUCUGAGGGCCCAUUUACAGGCCCUACAGAUUGUGCAGAGAGACGUCUGGAGACCUUUGGCCGCUGCUUACCAGGACAAGCUUGAGCAUCCGGUGGUGCCACACCCGUUCCAGAUUGGAGACACCGUGUGGGUGCGCAGACACCAGACCAAGAAUCUCGAGCCACGGUGGAAAGGACCCUACACCAUCCUCCUGACUACCCCGACCGCCCUAAAGGUAGACGGAGUCUCGGCUUAGAUCCACGCACCACACGUCAAGGCAGUCCGGUCUGAGGAAUUGACUAAUCACAACACUACACCCCAGACAUGGAGAGUUCAGCGCACUCCAAACCCCUUAAAGUUAAAACUCCUACGUGGCUCCUCCUAGUCCUUUUGUGGCCUAGAGUCAGUGGGGGAAUAAGCCCCCACCAGACAGAAAUUUCUUGACCAAGUCGAGUGAAAGAUUUCACUCAAAGUUAGCAAAAAAAAUGGGGGAAUGAAAGACCCCAGCUUAGCAGCAGUAACGCCAUUUUGCAAGGCUGUACUUAAGAUGACUGGUUCAGGGAAAGGUUAGAACACUGAGUACACAGCGGCUGCCAAGCAGGAUGUGUUUGGUUGAAGGCCUGGCAACAGGACGACUUCGGUUGAGCACCUGACAAUGAAAAAAAGCCCCGGGAGAGGUCCCACACCCUGGUGGGGGGGGGGGCCGAGUCAGCCGUUAUGUUCCAAGAAGGUAGCUAAGAAACUUGCCCCCGGGCUGAACCCUUGGGGGGCCGAGUCAGCCGUUAUGUUUCAGGAAGGUAGCUAGGAAACUUGCCCCCGGGCUAAACCCUUGCCAUAUUAGAAUCCACCAAUUAUAUCCCUGUAACCAUGCAUCUGCUUCUGUAUGCUUGCUUCUGCUCCCCCAAAAUCCUAUAAAAAGCCCAUCCUUGGUUCCGUGGGGCGCGCCAGUCCCCCGAGUGACUGAAGCGCCCGCAGGUGCCUGUGCCUGUGUAUCCCGACAAUAAACCAAAUCCUCUUGCUGAUUGCA